AAAUGCCUAUGGCUUCUUUUCAAAUGUUAGGCGCAUUCUGGUGUUUUGCAAUUUGGUUAUGUUCUUAUAGUAGUUAUAUGCUUCUUAGGAAUGCGGGUUCGCAAUUCAAUUAAAAAGUCUUAUACCCAAUAAAACAAUGAGUGAAAAUCCAGUUGUCCUUUGUGCACCUACUUCGUGUACAACCAUGUCAAAUCCUAACUGCGGUUCAUUUGACGCGUCCAUUUGUCAUUCAGGUAUCUCAUCAGUUGCCGUUCCGAUUGCAUCUGCUUUGUGUUCGAACGUUUUAUGUUCCUCUGAUAUAUCUAACGCUUCAACAGUUCCAUCUAUCCUUUCUUCAUCCUUGGGAUCUUUGCAAAGUGCUGGUAACAGCUUGAAUUUCGGUGUACCCUCAUCCAGUCACAAUAAUCCAGUAAUUUUACCAGAAUCUUCAGCGUCAUUGUUGGUUCAACCAAUUAAUCCUUCAAACAGUUCAGCUCUUGGUAUUCAUUCGAUUCCUGCAAUUACUAGUACUUCCCUAUCUAUAAAUGAUUUGGAAAAGUCAAACAUGACUGUUCCUAUGACGUGUCAGAAUGAGUUCUUGAACGCCAAUAUGACAAAUUCUGGCUUUCCAUAUAGUUCUAUUUUGCCUCUGGAAUCAUCUGCGGUUUGUCAAAAUCCUAGUUUUAUGACUAUUCCAACUCACAUGACAAGUACUUCGAUGGAAAUUAUCCAUCCGGCACAACAAAGCCUACCGUCUUCCAUGCCAGUUUCUACAUCAGCCCCGUUACCUUUACCACCCAUGUUAAAUUGCAAUCCAUCUCAUUCAGAAAAUGUUUUGGGUUUCGAUACAGAUUCUGGCUCUCGUCCACUUACUAACCAAACAUUACCGUCAUAUUUUCCAUUGAAUUUGAUGCCAAUUAGUGCAAAUGGCGACUUUCCUGCAGCGCAAAUAAACUUUCCGGGACUACCACCUGUUUUACUUCAAGUUUUACCAUUACCUGGAGUUAAGAUGGGAGAGCAUUACACAAUUAACGUUCCCACUCAGUUAGUGUGGGAUGGUAUAUCAAGUGCGCUAGCUAGUGGAGGUACUGUCAAUGGAGGACCUAUUAUUUUAUCAAUCACACCGUCUCCUUUGCCGUCACAUUCAAUUUCUUCUUUAUCAACAGUACCUGUUUCUUCGUAUACCGUGCCAAAUCAAAUGCCUGCAUCUUCUGUAACUUUAUGUAGUUCGUCUAAUGGAUUUAUUAACUCCAGUCUACCUCAAGUUGGAAUUCCUGUUUCAGCAGUAAUUCCUUAUUCGUCUAUUUCUAUCACUUCUUCAACUUCGACGGUAACUACUGCGAGUGUUAUGAGUACUAAAGUACCUGGAUUGAUAGUCAGUCCCAUUUUGUCACAUCCCGGAAGUACUGCUGGAGGACCCAGGCGCAUGAGAGCAAUCGCACCUAAGCCAUCAAAUGCAAGUCCUAUUGCUACACUGGGAAUAAGAGCUGCAUCAGCUUUAAAUACUAUAUCAAAAAGUGGGUCAAAACGCCUUGGAUUAGUAACUUCUAUUUCAGGUAUUAAUGGGAUUAUAUCAACCUCUACUUCCCUGCAAAGUAGUCAUUCUAGUAUUUCUAAUAUAGGGACAAUAACUUCAGUACCAGCACCUGCAAAACUGUUGCAUUCACAUUCCAAAAAGGUUUCAUUACCGUUGGUUAGUGUUAGUUCCUCACUUGUACGAUCAGGUCGAGGUAGACGUCGUGGUGGUGUUGGACAGCAUUCUGUCUCCACUACCUUUGUUACAAGUGCACAUGCUUCUCCCAUAUGUAUAACAAAUUCCACCAGUUCAUCUAUGGGAAUCAAUAAUGACACCAGUAAUUUAUGUUCGCUGCAAUCUUCGAUGUCAUUGCCAUUAAGUAGUCCAUCUGCAAUGUCUUCGUUCUUCAGCACACAGUCUGUUUUCGUACCACCAAGUUCUAAUCCACAUGUUUCUGGACCAGUUUUACCAUCUGGACAAAUUCCACCUACUCUACUUUUUGGUAACUCCUUGUCUAGCGCGCCAUCUGUUACCAUGCCAAGUGGUGUAGCUCCUUUUCUUUUUCAACCAGCUAUUCCAAUAUCCAACAGUUGCUCACAAUUUUCAAACUCUGUAUUUAGUCCUGCCACAUGCACUAUCUCAAUUUCACCGUCAACGUCAUGUCCGUUAGGUGCUGUUCGAUCCCUUCCGUCUGUCAGCUCUGCAACUAUAUUUGCUGCUAACAACGCACCAACAAUGGCUUCUCUCGAUCCAGCCACUGGAUUCGUGACAUACUAUCCAUCAUCUUGCAUUUCUAUGAAUAAUCCGUAUGCAUCUGCUAUAUCUUCUUCCAGUGAUUCGCCGUCGAUCACUAUCCCAACUGUAUGUUCUCAACCGAACCAUGGCCUGGGCCUCCAACCUUCCUCACAAUCUGGACCAAUCAUGUAUCCCAUCCAAGCCCAACAGUUGCUUCCCAAUCAGGUUGUUCCAACUAUUUUUCCCAAUAUACCUGAUGUAGCUAGUAUGAGCAGUUUUGCUGAUCAUACGGCAUUUUUACAAUCAUUUACCCCUGGUUUAAUGGAUGGCUGUUGUAUAUCUUCCAAUGAACAAAUAUCUUCUGAGUCCACGGUUAUUCAGAGUCAGAUAGCCUGUCAAAAUUCCUUUUUUACAUCAGCUAGCAAUUUUAACAGUAAUAACAAUUGUGGGAACAUAUCAAUUUUUUCGUCACUACCUGUUUCAACAAUUGCAGGAUUACCUAGCCUGGAGAUUGCCACAAGCACAUGUGAAACAAAUGGAUCUAUGGAAGACGAUGCCUGCUUAGCUAAAGAUGAUCUUAUUAGUCUUGCUUGGCAUCUUACACAAAUGGAAGAUGAUUUCGAAACAAAUGACAAGCAGAAUGCUGAUGUUUUAAUAGAGCAAACUGAAGAUGAAAAUAACGGUAUGUUUGAGGAUUUCCUUCAGGUUUAUUCACAGAACACAACAGGGUUUAAUUUUAAUUCAGAAUUGGACUGUCAAACUCAUGCGUUAGACCCAUCCUCCGGCGGUCGUAUUUCCACUGUCGCAGACAAGAAUGUGAUUCUCCUAGAUAACGAAUCUGAAUACACAGUAGGUUUCGAAAAUACAGAUGAUGCCCAACUAACAUGUGCAAAUGAAGAAAGUACUGGUAAUGCUGAUAUUGAUGCUCUGUUGGCUGCAGCUGCCAUGGUUGGUGCUGCGAGUGGAGUUGGUGAUGCGCAAUCAGCUGUUGCUGUUCCACUACCAUCUUCUUCUUUGGCCUCAGUAAGCCACCAGGCUGCACUAACUUCUGAAUGUGAUUCUUCUCAUCCAACUGUUGAAAACGGCGAUAUAAAUAAUAAUAUGCAUUUAACAUUCGAUAGUUCGUUGUUACCUUCUCAUUCCACCAGUUGUAAAUUCUCACCAAUCCUCGGUCCUAAUAACGCUGAAAACUCUGUUAACAGUUUGAAAGAAACGAAACCUGAUGAGCUCAUUCCGAGUGAUUUAUUUGAUGAUUUCUCUAAAACAGAAGUAAAUGAUCAGUUUCCAAAUGACACAUCUGAUUCAGUUCACGAAUUUGAUGAUGGUUACGAACCCACUAGUCUUGCUGCAGUUCUUGGUUGUAAUGCCGAGGAUGCUGCAGACUUAGAGUCAGUUUUAGGUCAAGAAGCUCCAGAUCUGUCCGAAGGUGGGGGCGUUUCCGAUUCUUUUCUCCACUCACUUGUUGGUCCUUCGCCUACGGUAGAUGAUUUAAAUGAUGAAAGGGAUAGUUCAGUCAAUAUCUUUGAUAAUGAUUUCCAUUCUCCAUGUAAACCGAAACAAGAGACAGAAAACGAUUUGAAUUUUCAUUCAGUGGAUGAUUUUCCCACUGACAUUGACUGUGAUAUGGUUGACGAUGUAACAAACCCUCUACCUGUAUCAAGACAGGUUAGAUCGCUUCUUCGCGAUGCCAACAGUAUUUCAGUAUCUUCCCGCUUUGGAUCACCACCCGGAGGAAGUAAAAGCUUCAAUCAUUUUUUUGAAGCUACUUCACGACGCCUCAACAGGUCAUGUAGGUUUACAUCUGAUAUUGAUGAUGAUUUUAUGGGUGUAGACUUUUCUGAUGCAGUGAAUGGAUGUACGACAGCAGAACAGUUUGAUGAAGCAUUGAUGUUAUUAGGACCUCAGCCUAAUUCGCCUAUUAAUCAAUCUGAAAUGCAAAGUGAGAAUACAAUCCCUGUUUCAGUGACAGAUUUUGUUUCACACAUUGAAGACAAAAUGAAAAACAAUGAAAAUGCGGCAAAAGACAAACAGUUAUUACAUGUGAAUGUAAACUGCACAGACGUUAAAGAUGUUGUAGCCAGUGUUACUAUGUCGAUCACGUCUAAUCUUACAUCCCCACAGUACACAGCAGAUAAGUCUCCGAACAGUCCUAUUCGAACAGAAGAAUCUGAUUCUCAAGUAAAAUGCAUACCUUCAUCUCCAGUUUGUGAAGUAGAAAAGUACGUAACUAAAAGUAGUUUGCAACUUGGUAUAAAAGACAGCGUUAACAUGCAUUUGGACGACCCUGUGGACAGGGAUAAUUCGAUUAACGUAGUAGCGAUCCGAGAUACUGAUGGCUCACUACAGGUAGAAUCACAGCAAACAAAGGUUGACAAUAUGGCAAAUACUGAUGAUUUAAGUUGCACAAAACGAAGUUCUUCAUAUAAGGAAAAAACUGAGUUCACCGGGACAUUGCCAAUGAUAAUUAGCGAAAGACUGACCAUGUCAAUUGACUCGAAGUCAAAUUCAUCAGAUAAACUGUCGGUACUGAAUCCAUCCUCGAUACAAGACUCACUCGUUGACUGUCACUGUUGUCAAGUCUCGGGAGUUCCUGUGUCACCGCUUUCCGUAUGUCCAUUGUAUGAUCUCCCGAAGCGUCCAGGGUCUGCUGGCCCAAAAGUUUUGUCUGAUAUCGUCCCGAAUCAUCUUCCUGACUCGUUUCUUAACUUACCACCUCGACCUCGAAGCCUGCCCAACGUCAGAUCUCCUCCGAAAACGGAGAUGCUUCAUGAUAGUUAUCAUGAAGGGAAUAUCUUUAAAACCUUUGUUUCGAAUCCAUGCUCUUUUAAUAUUCCUUGUUUAGUGGCAGCCUCUUCCAAAGUAGAUAUUGAUUUAAGUGGUAAACAACCAUGUUCAGCAUCUGGUCAGCAGCUCUCAGUCAAUACAGAAGAUAUGGUGUCUAAUAUGUCCAUUCUUGGAGUUCUCGCUUCAUCUUCGGCAUUGGUGGAGGCAGUCGCGGACCUAGAGGAUGACUCUGAUAUCUCACCUAUUAAAUCAAGCAUAGAAGGAUUAGCCUCCCUCGAUCGUAUGUUAAAAAGUUGUCAGCGUCGCAGCCAACAAACUUUAGAAUCUGCAAGAAAUGAUUCCAGCACGUCAGAAAGUGUUACAACUUCAUCCUCUCAAACAUCAGGCUUUUCUCAGAGCUCAGCUAUCAAGGCAGCAGCUGCUUGUGAUAAUGGACAGUCAAAUAACAAUGAUACAUGCAGUUCUGCCCUUUCAGCUUCGCAGAAUACUGACUUAUCUAAUGGAUCUACUAUUGAUAUUCCAGGGAAUAAUUCACUAAGUGUCAGUGGAGACAAUUUUCUCACUACUGAUAAUUCUAAACAAAAACAAGUUAAGAAUACCGAUACUUUUCGCUGUAGACGAGGACGUGGGAGACGAAUUGGGCGCAAGAAGCCACAUUUAUCUUACUUGAAAAAAUAUGUAAUGAAAACCAGUUCUAAAAUCCAACCUUUCGCCUAUGAAACACAUUCUCCUCAAAAUGCUACAACAGACACAAACGACGACCGCCACUUGAAAACCCAAUCGGAAAAUUCUCACGAAGAAAUUUCUACAAAUAAUCUCUUGGAAUUAGCUGUUAGACGUCCACAUUCAUUUGGGUUAUCUCCCAUAGAAGGCGAUUUUUCAAGUGUUCCCAAUCCACCUAUCUCUCCUGAGUUCGAGAGUCAUCUGCCACCCUUGGUUUUGGCUGCUGGGACAUCAUUAUUUCCAGAAUCAAGUUUGUACACCGAUGCGUACUCAUCCAUUGACGAUUCUUCUGCUAUAUUACCUGUUGUUGAUGAACUAAAAGUUGAACCGGCUGAAACAAUUGUUGCUACGGAAGAAGAUGAAAAAGUGCUUGUUAAACCUCUGACUCCGCAGCGACGCAUUCACCAUUCCCGUAAGCGUAAAAAACGUAGGAAGCACGUCACUGGUCUGAAACCGCGCAGUAGAUCUCAGAUUGAAUCACAUUCCGCAACAGAAAGUCAAUCAGAUCAUCCUAAUUUUGAUUUUGACAAAACCAAUUUUGUUGCAGUUAAUCUUGGUCUUUUGAAGCGAUUCGAGUUGCUUGAUGAAGCGCCGUUUGAACGUUUCUUGCAUGAUACGAAACUACAAACAUUUGCUGCAUUAAAACUUAUUACAAAUGAAGCUGCACCAUGCUCUAGAUCUAAUUUGAGCUCUUGGUCUGAGCAAAAUGUUAUGUUGUUUGGUGGACAGUAUACUGGGCAAUCUGGCUCUGGUGACUGUACAUCACUAUCAACUCAAAAUAUAGAUGCCGAGAAUUUUUUAAAUGAAACGCAGUCCAUACCUGACGAUGUACCAGAGAAUUCUUCGAACUUUUCACUGGAAACUGAUAAUAAAUCCUCGACUAGCACAAUGUUUUAUAACCAUAAUACUGAAGAACCUGUCUCAACUAGCUGUGAAUCCAUAAAAUUUUCUGUAGCCUCUCACCAGCUAAUGUUCUCAACGCCUGUUUCUCACACUUUUGACACUCUGCCGACACAUACUUCAUUGUGCUGUGUACCGAAAUCUACUAGUCCCUCUCAAAGCCAUAUCCCACUUCCUAUUGCGGCUGCAGUUACCCAACAUCUUUCCUUCUGUGAAAGUAGUUCCUCAACAAGUCACUCACUUGAAAAAGUGUUUCCAGUCAUUUCACCUUUACCAAUCAACAGAAAUGUGGGUAUAGCUGGUAGCUUCGCUGGUGCCGCUGCUUUCCGAGCAACCAGCUUUAGUGCAUUAGCAGCGAAAGUUGAAAGGAUUAACGGGACCGAUAUUCGACUUAAUAAUGCUUCAGAAACACUAUGGAAAAAUGUUACGUUUGCUGACCUGGCAAAAAUUGCCACUUCAGAAACGAAAGAUAAGGAGGUCACACAAAAUCUGACAAAUAUUUCUAGUUCUGCUGAAUGUUCAUCGUGGUUCGUCGACAAGUCAAUGCAAAUUGAUGCCUCAGCUUUGCGACCGAAACCAUUAUUUCAACCCAAUUUUCCAGUCGUAACGUCACCGAGUAAGACUGCAAAUAGCUCUGUUUUAUUUCCAUCUAGUCUCUGCACAUCGAAUGCUUCACCCAAUAAUUUGGAUAAUCAUGUAUCUCUUACUGAUGAAAUUAAAACAACAGUGUCUUCAUUACCUAAAGUAAAUUCUUUUGAAGGUAGUAAAAGAAGUUUAAAACGCAUACGCUCUAUGCCUAAAAAGCUGAUCAAACGCAAACGGUCAGCAAAUAGACGUCAACGGCGUCCGACUAACUCCACACAGAAACCCGCUACUCCUCUGUUGGAACGUAAUUCUGUAGGUUCUGAUGCUAAAGAAAAUGAUGCUGUAUCUAAUAAAGAUUGUAUUUCCCCCGCAGAUAUAGUCAAAAGCUUGUAUGAUGAAACUCAGCAUCUCUCUUCAGCUUCAGAAAAGUUCACUCAUGAGGAUUGUGACCCGUCCGAAAAUGAUCUUCCCAUUUCUCUGUAUCCAAAUAAUGAUAAUGUAUUUAUGGAACCAGAUAUUGAUAAAGAGAAACAUAUUGUUUCGCCUGCGGUUGUUAAGAAUGACUCAAUCAUUGUUGGUUCAGAUUCUGUGGAUAUAAAUGCUUCUCGUGUUGUUCAAACACAAGAUAGUAUCGGUCAACAUUUUCCUUCUCCAGCUCUACCAAUAAGUAGCGUUAGCUGUGGACAUUUGUUGGUCAUGCCUAUUGAUUCUAAAAACAACCUUUGUUACUCCGAAGUCAUUUCCCCUGUUAAUGAAGACAGAAUGAAUACACUAAAUAAUUGUAUGAACACUCAUGAUGAAGAUACAAUUACUGAAGUAAGCUCAUUUCAGGCUGAGAAUUUUGCGUCUGACGAUCGAAACGUCAACUCUGAACAUGUUACUUCUCAUAUCAUCGCUAAUAAAAGUGAACUGCAUUCACACCCUCCAAUCAGAUUGCGUUUAAAUCUUAAAUUAGCUCAGAUUAAAUGUAAAUCACCAAAGAAAAAGAAAAGAAAAAAACUACAAUUGGAUAAUUCAGUCGUUGAAAACCUGCGUGAUUCUGUGAUAGAAACAAAAGACGGUCCUCCGAAGUGUUCAUUAAGCAUUCGUUUUGUGAAUAGAAUUCCUCUUGCUGAAGAUAUCUGUAAACCCAGCCCGAAAGUUGUCAGCAAAAAAAGGAAGAAGAAAAUCACUGAAGGAAGUACCUGUUCUUCAGAUUUUAAGAAAAUUACCGUUAUAAUGAACAGUACCCCUCAAUGUGAAAAACAAGCAGCAUCUAUACGUUUAGAAGAAGCAUCUCCUACUCUGAGUCAUAACACCGGCAAAGUGCUGAGUGGUCAAACCAAUGUUAUGUCUGAUGAUCAUUCCAAAGUAGUAAAAGAUACUUCUAUGAAUCCGCUCUCAACCAAAAAAAUUUUCUCUACCGCAAGGCAAGAGCGUCGAAGCAACUAUGCUCAGUUGACACGACCAUGGCGAGCUAACCUUUCAACUUCUCCUCGAAAGCGAAGUACAGCAGCAUUCCGGCCAACCUCAUCUCGUCGACAUGGCACUAGCCUAGCACGAUCUCGUAUCCAUCUUCCCACCUCACUUCUUGAUCAGAAGGAACCGAAUAUUCCGUGUGCGGACUCGACGAUCCCAGGAAAUAUAUUUAACGAAAACACCUCAAAUUGUGAUAGUGCUGAAAAGUCCUAUUCUAUUACGAAUUCUACCAGUAGGUUUAGAGGAGUUCCUGAGGUAAAGCGUCCAGAAUGUCCCUCACUACGUUUGAUAAUUCGUUUGGGCAAGUCUUCAAAUGUAACAAAAGAUGAGCAGACUCAUCAGUCUGCGAUUUCCCCUCUAACUAUUCAGGUGCCUUCUGAUAGGUCGUCUACUUCUUCGCAGGCUUCAGUGGACAAAGUAUGUCAGCAUGAUGGUGAUAUAAAUCUUCCUGUGUUAGCAGGACAAUACAAUCGUGAAUGUAGUGGAUCUGUUAGGGAAAUACCAGGCUUUUGUAUAGCAAGUGAAGCGGAAACGUUUAUGGAUCCUAAUCAAUUUCAAAUCCAUAGGAUUCUGAAUCGAGCUCUUCCGAUAAACUCCGGACUUCUUAGUUUGUAUAUACCCUCACCAAGUGGAGAUGAUGAUGGAGGUGACUGUGGCAUUGUAGGAAGAGUGCUGGAUUCUGAACAUCGUUUACACAUGACUGACCAGUCAUUUACUUUUUCACAAGUUCGUCACGAAAAUCAUACAACUCCAGUCGCUCCUCAAAUUGGAUGUACUGCAGGCUUGUCGAACAGAAAAGAAAGGAAGUCUUCAAAACACCAGAAGUGUAACAAAAGAAAUAUUAAGCAUUUUCGAUAUCGUUAUAGAAAAAGUUACAGGAAUCUGGCGGAAGAAUGCACUUCGGAACAAUUAUCGAAUGGCUUUGUCCCACGUAUCAGGAGUUUUAAAAAGCAUACUGAGAAAGUUCCCGAUACCGAUCUGAAUUUCAUUUGCCAUCAGUCUCCUACUAACAGUUUCGGUUUACAUCAGCCGAACUUCUCAGAACCAAACAUCACUUAUUCUUCUGAUUCUAACCGGAUUUCUAAUCGUGUCAGAUUCUCUCAUAAUUCUCCUGAGUCUUUAAAUGCUGUAGGUGCUACAUUAGCCCCGCAGUAUAAUUCGGAAGACAAAUCAGUUUCUUCCAAUAAUGAAAUGUUAUGGUGCAAACCGUCUAGUUUAAAGUAAGAUUUUUGAUACGCCUAAAUCUUGGUGAAGAAGAACAUCACGUUUCCUGGACUAUUCAUAAAUCGUCAAGGAAUGAGGAAAUUGAGUUGAAUAGUUCGUCAUUUGGUUCACGUAGCACUACCUUCCAUAAUGAUGAGAGUAAUUCUACCAAUUUCAGACCUGAUCCGAAAUUUCCGAAUGAGGAAACAAAUGUCUACUUAGAUCCUUCCUAUCCACACCAGGUUAUGUGUAGCUCUGCUCAAACACGAAUCUUCGAUGCAUACAAUGGAGUUUGUACCAAUGGCUCUUCAAGUUCUGGCUUUGGAGGAUCUUGCAGUAACACCGGGAGCGCAAAUUCAAUCUCAGCUCCGAGUACUGGUAGUCCAGCCCCAUUAAGUUUGGGUCCCGGUCCUGGAAGCCAACCAGACUAUUCUAGUGGUGGCACUGGGGGUUAAAUGAUUCUUUCUGUUGUCCGUUGUCUCCAUCGAUAAAUAGGGAUUUUCACUGUAGUCCUGUUUCUACAAGAAUUGAUUUAUCUGCAUCUGCGUAUGCAGAGACACAACCUACAUCUCAAAACCAUUAUCCUCAAUUUCAUGAAAAUUGCCUAUCUAACCAUCCUCUCAACUUGCCGUGGACUGCAGAACUAUCUUAUCAACGUUUAGUGAUCGCUGAUGAAAAUCGUCUGUUAGCAUAUUCCAGAAAGCUUUGAAAGUGGAAGUAGGUCAUUUUUCUACCAGUCAUCGUUAAUAGGAUUGUACAUACAUCUUUUCUUAUUUGCUAUUGCGUUUCGGGUGUCAUUUUGCGUUAAGCGUGAAAAAAGGUGUUGACGAGUGUUGUAGCUGAUUAAAAUAAUGAUGAUUUUCCGUUUAUCAUAUCGUGUAUGCAUUCAUUUUUCUAAAUGCUUAAAUGAUAAUUGUACACUGAUCCUCAUUUGUGAUACAUUGUGUUAUUUCCAACGAGUUUUUGAUUUGUGCAAAUUUUCUAAUUUCACUUCAUUUCUUUUUUAUCAUCAUGAUUAUUAUAAAGACGAAUUCAAUGUGUUCAUCUCUGAUACACACUGAUGUCUGGUGUUUGCCUAAAGAUCUCUAGCUAUUUUUCUUUCUUUCGAAGCUCAUCUCUCCUCUGUUGUACAUCGUUUCAUUUGAUUAUUAUUCAUGAUAUGAUAUUUCAUAAAGGUCUCAAGUUUUAUUUAUUUUCACAGUCACUGUUGUGAUCAUUGUUAUUUGUGAUGAGAUUAGACACAGGGAUCCUACUUUUUAUGUGAAUUAGAUUGCAUUUUGAUGAUUGUUUGUUUGUGUGUCUUCAGCCGCAAAUAUCUUCAAUUCUACAGUAACAAUUAGUCGUGGUCAUUAAUAUAAGUAAUGUUAUUCCAGUUUUCCGCCCGUUAUGUUUCUUCUGCUUAUUUUUUAACAACCUUGGUAACAGCACUACUAUUGUGAUACCUUUGUUUGAGUUCUUUUUCGUAUAUUUCUCGCACCACUACUCUUAGGAACACUACUUAAGAUGCUCAUCUGUUUUUUUGGUGCACAUAUGCAUGUUACAGAAACUGCUAUAUUCCCUACUUUUCCAACAACUACUAAAAGAAUGGAAAUAAUGUUUACACAUUUUCUUAAAGAUAUGCCCAAUUAAUUUAGUUUUUCUGACAGUUUUUGAAAAUCCCCUUCACAAUGUAAUGAUGAUACCACUUAAUCUUCAUCAUCAUGGCUGCUUGUAUUUUUACUUUUCUCGUUACUAAAUUCUAUUGUUAUGAUUAAUUAAAACUGACAAAGUAUUGUUCACUCUUCAAGAUCACAAUCUUCCUGAGUACAAGUUCUCUUCUUCACUUAUUAUUGUAUUAUGUAAUUCAAAGAGGAAAAAUGAAGACGUAAUUAAUCAUACUAUUGCUUCGUUUCCAAUUUUGGUUGCUUUUUUUGUAAUUACCUCAAGUAUUCAAGAUAUGUAUAAACAAAUAUUGAUGUCUGUAUGAAUUUAUGAUUUCUGACUGAUCAAUGUAUAUAUUUACAUAGAUGUAGGUAUUUCCUUUUGAAGAUGUUGUUGUAAUCAUCGGUUAUCUCAUUUUGUUAACUUAUUCAUUUACAUUUGUAUACAAAAUUAACGUUUGAUUUUUUUUUCUUCUGUGGACCAAAAAACUACUUUUAGUAAUCGCGACAAAUUUGAUUUUUGUCAUGGAAGGAGUGCAUGAAUGUAAUUACUACUUGUAUCUUCGUAAUGCAUUGUUUCGACUUGCCUUUCUCUUACUUCUCUGCACGAUAGGAGGAUAUCUUAUUUCUUUUUUGUACAGUUGAAUUUUCUCUGUUUAAUUUCUUUUUUCCCUGCCUUAGAACGACAAUAAAUAAUGAUAU